AUGACUUUAAAUGGGCCUGGACACCUCCGUUCCCUUGUAGAUGGACAGAACCAGAAGCGGCGGGGUCCCCCCGGUCCCCUUCCCGGAGCUCCGGACCCCGACGGAGGCCCUCGGGUCUCCUCUGCCAGCCGGGAGGCUCCCACCCCAGACGGCUCCCUGCCAGCCACCGCCCCGCUUCCUCCAGGUCUGGAAUAUUUAAGCCAGUUAGACCUGAUCAUCAUUCACCAGCAGGUGGAGAUUCUUGGAAUGAUCCUUGGCACCGAGACCUCCAACAAAUACGAGAUCAAAAACAGCUCGGGGCAAAGGAUCUACUUCGCGGUGGAGGAGAGCCUGUGCUUCAACCGGAAUGUGUGCUCCACGCUGCGCUCCUGCAGCGUGCGGGUCUCCGACAACGCCGGCCGGGAGGUGCUCACGGUGCACCGGCCGCUGCGCUGCAGCAGCUGCUGCUGCCCCUGCUACCUGCAAGAGCUAGAGAUCCAAGCCCCACCGGGGACAACCGUGGGUUACGUGGCCCAGAAGUGGGACCCCUUCCGGCCCAAAUUCACAAUCCAGAACGCACACAAAGAGGAUGUGUUGAAAAUCAUCGGUCCUUGCACCACCUGUGGCUGCUUUGGCGAUGUGGAUUUUGAGGUGAAAACCAUGAAUGAGAAGUUGACCAUUGGGAAGAUUUCAAAGUACUGGUCGGGCUUUGUGAAUGAUGUGUUCACCAAUGCGGACAACUUUGGGGUCCACGUUCCCCCAGAUCUGGAUGUGACGGUGAAGGCUGCCAUGAUCGGGGCCUGCUUCCUCUUCGAUUUUAUGUUCUUUGAACAUUCACUAGCCGGCUUAUAA